AUGGCUAGCGGAGGAGCUGCAGCAGGUAGUGGUAGUCAACAUCAGGGUGCAGCAGCAACAACUGAAGGUAUGGAUGUUGAUGAUCUUGAUGAGGAUGCUGCCAAGAAGCAAGAAAUAUAUUGGGAAGAGACUUUGGAGGCUGCAGAUGUAAAUGUUGAUGUGGUGAACUCUGUGAAACCUUCUGAAGAACCUAUGGCAAUAAGACCUCCACCUUUUAGGUCCUCUACUGCACAUGUGCCACCUAGACCUAUCAUAAAGCUAACCAUGUCCAAGCGACCAAUUAGGAGGAGAAAUGUUAAGAGGCCACCACCAUCACAACUUUCUCCCCUCAGACCUGCCCCACCACAAUCUACUCUCAUAAUGCCUACCACACCACAACCUCUUCCUGUUAGGUCUACACCACCAACUAACCAACCUCCUCCAAAAGUUACCAGACAAAUAAUGCAUGGUGCAAGUCGAGGGACCACUACAAGAUUUAUGCAAUUCAUGCCAACUCCAUCAUCCACAAUUCAAACAGCAGGCAGAUGGGCAGUACCUGGGUUCUGCCCACCAACAAGAGCAUCUUUAAGUGGCAACAACAAUGGGGUUCUAGUGGCAGCAGCAAUUUCACACCUAGCAAAUAGGAUUUUCUAG